AUGGUCCUCGGCCUAUCAUUAUUCACUUGCAAGUCCCGGCAGCCGUUUGCCUGCGACCCGACCAACUCCAUGACCAAAACCUUCCCAUUUUGCAAUGCCUCCAUCCGUGUAGGAUAUCGUGUAAGGGAUUUAAUCGGGAGACUGAAUUUGACGGAAAAAAUUAGGUUACUUGUCAAUAAUGCGGCUCCCGUGCCUAGAUUGGGGAUUACGGGCUAUGAGUGGUGGUCGGAGGCCCUUCAUGGAGUUUCGAAUACGGGACCCGGAGUCAAGUUCGGCGGCAAUUUUCCCGGCGCCACCAGUUUUCCUCAAGUCAUAACCACGGCAUCCUCUUGGAACGCCACCCUGUGGGAGUUGAUUGGCCAGGUCAGAUGUAUAUUACUCUAA